AUGACUCGAUUGUUCAGCUGGGCCGCUGCCCUCUCAGUGGUUUCUGUUUUCUCUAUUUCACAAGUAUCGGCAUAUGUCGGCGAGGUCCAUAAUUACACUAGGCGCGCGACAACUGGUAAUGGUUGGGACAUCGAUGGCAAAUCUUUUGACUAUGUGAUUGUUGGUGGUGGUACAGCCGGUCUGGUACUGGCUAAUCGCCUCUCUGCUGAUGGUUCUAACUCAGUGGCUGUCAUUGAGGCUGGACCCUCUGGCUAUGAGGACAACGACAAGUUUAUCGUCCCCUCAGCCAUGUUGUAUGACUCUGCUGUCAACACACAGUACGACUGGCAGUACAAGACAACCUCCCAAAAACAUCUGAAUGGAAAGGAAAAGUCUUGGCCCCGUGGAAAAGUCCUUGGUGGUAGCAGUGCGAUCAACGGUCUUUACUAUGUUCGUCCUAGUCGGGAAGAAGCUGACGCUUGGGCCGAGCUCGCCGGCAAAAACGGCUGGAACCACUGGGGUUGGGACAACCUGCUUAAUGGUAUGAAGAAGAGCGAGAAGCUUCAAACUCCUCUUAAGAGUGUUCGCGAACAAGCCCAUAUUGAGUAUGACGGUAGGUCGCAUGGACGGAAUGGCCCAAUUCACACUACUUGGCCCGCUGUAACGUAUGGGCCCGUCGGUGCUUUUAUUGAAUCUGCGUCUAAAGUAGCUGUCCCCCGAGUCAAGGAUGCCUAUGACGGCGAGAACCAUGGUACAUAUGUUGCACUCUCGUCUAUGAACAAGCGUAACUGGCAGCGCAGCUUCUCGCGUAACGAGUAUCUGGAUCCAAUCUCUGACCGUAACAACCUGCAAGUUCUCACUGGCCACCUGGUAACCCAGGUUAUCUUUGACCGUUCUGACAAGAACCACGUUCAAGCCACGGGUGUGCACUACAAAGCGAGUGUAGACGAAGUGGAGCACACAGUACACGCCAACAAGGAAGUUAUUCUUUGCGCUGGUGCGAUUAACACUCCUCAGAUCCUGCAACUCUCAGGUAUUGGUUCCUCAGAUCUACUGAACCGUCACGGUAUUGAUGUUGUGGUUGACCUGCCUGGUGUCGGUGAGAAUCUUCAGGAUCAUAUUAGUUUCGGCCUGUCUUUCCGUGCUAAGAACGACAAGGACGUUGCACCUCAACAGAUCACUGGCAACAAGAAGACUGAUUCUUACGUCAACUCUGCUGUGUCGUACGUUAACUUCGAGAGUCUUUUCAAGCACCCUGAUCACGUGCGCUCCAAGCUCCAAGCGCGUGCCCGUGAGCUUGCCGGUGAAGGCAAGAAGAAUGAGGCUGUGCGCAGGGGCCACGAGAAGACCUAUGAGUCUAUGGCUCAGCACGUCUUCGGCGAAGAUGUCGUAUCGCCUGUGGAGAUUCUAGGCAAUCUUAUCUUCGGCAGUAUUAACAUCCAAGCUGCUCUGCAACACCCUCUGUCGCGUGGCUAUGUUCGAAUUAAGAACAAGAAUCCCUUCGAGUGGCCUCUGAUGAACCCGAACUACUUGAAGGAGGAUAUGGACAUGACUAUGUUGCGCCAGUCACUUAAACUGAUUCGCAAGAUUUCACAAGAGUCUCCUCUCAAGGACCUCAUUGCCCACGAGGACUCACCUGGCUCUGACGUGCAGUCGAAUGAGGACCUUGAAAACUGGAUUCGCGAAAAUGCCGGCACCGAAUACCAUCCAAGUAGCACCUGCUCGAUGUUGCCGAGGAGCGAGGGAGGUGUUGUUGCCCCUAAUCUUAAGGUACAUGGUACAAGCAACUUGCGUGUCGCUGAUGCCUCAAUUCCACCCCUUUCGAUGUCAUGCCAUUUGGAGUCGGUAGUGUACGGUAUUGCCGAAAUUGCCGCCGAUCUUAUCCUUGGCAACUAA